AUGUGUAUAAGUGAUGAGCUAAAAGCAUCCGGUUUUCGAAUUUGCAAUUAUCAAAAUAUACAAGGAGACUUAUCUAUAAAUGAGUGGGAUAUUAUCAUAGUACAGGUUGAGAGUCUUUUCCGUAUCGAGUUUACAGCCCGUCCAUUUGUAGCUAUUCUUGAUGAAGCUAAUGCCAUUAUGCGUCAAAUGUCUAGUGGUACAAAUGCACGAGAAUCUGAGAAUGCAAUACGUGAUGUACUAAGAUCUGCGAGACAUGUUUUGGCCAUGGAUGCUUUUGCAAAUAAAUCAACACUAAUCUUCCUCCAAACUUAUCGUGGUGAAAAUAUUUGCAUAGUUGAUAAUAAGUAUCAGCCUCGUAUAGGUGAGACAGUUGAAUUUAUUUAUGAUCCGAAUAGCGGAGCUGAAGCCAUGCGAAUAGGAUAUGAUCUUUUGAGGCAGGGCAAACGUGUAGCAUUCGUAUCUACUGGAGCAGUGAUGGCUAGAGCGAUAGUAGAAAAAGCAUCUAAGUUGUUUAAACCAGACAAUUCUCCUGUUAAAGCCCGUGCAUAUUAUGGGAAUAUGGAUGGGAAGCAGAGACAAAAAGACUUCUCUAAUAUUGAUGUUGCUUGGGGUGAGCUUGACUGUGUAGCUUACACAAAUACAGUGGAGGCGGAAAUAUCAUUUGAAGUUACGGGCCAUUUUGAUAUAGUUAUAGCUAUUACAAACAUCACCACUCCAGUUCAUGUUGAGGCUCUUGCGCAAAUGCUUUAUCGAAUUCGUGACUGUCCUCGUCGUAUUGUUUCUGUGUUUUAUCAAAAAAAUUCUAAUGAACUUUUUCGUCAACCAGGUCGUGAAAAUAUCCGAGCAGAACUUGAAAGUGCUCGACCUAAUAAUUUGCCUACAUCAAUAAAGGGUCACAGUGAAUGGGAUAGCAACGCCAUUUAUUAUAAAAUCGAUGAAUCUCCUGCUGUAAUAACAUUUGUCGAAGUUGAGCAUCAGAAACGGCUUUCUGCGAGAUAUUUUAUUGAGAAGCUUUGUAGUCUUAUAGCCAGUACUGGUGCUUCUCUCCAACUAAUAAAAAUGGAUGAGAGCCGAGGAGUUAUAGGGAAUCGUAAAAAAGUCCGCAAUGAGGUUAGGGUUGAAGCACUAGUUAUCAAGGAAACAGAUUUUGAUGCAGUUGCUACUUCCCGGAAUCUCGAUCCUGAAGAAGCUGAAAAUCUUAAGUUUGACCAAGAACGCUCUAUCCCAGAUACUAUGGCACUUAAACGUUUCUAUAUGCGAAAUAUUUAUGGUAAAGAUAUAGACAAUGAGAUUUGGGAUAAUCUUUGCAAUAAAAAGUUUGUAAAACAUUUCAGUCCGCCAGAACAUCAGAAACAUUUCUUGAAGUUAUAUCACUUUAGAAAGCAAGGCUAUGAUGAGGAAAGUGCAAUGAAAGGGUUAGAGGUCAAAGAUAUUGCGCAAUGGGAAGAUAGCCAUUAUAAAGCUGGUUAUAAUUCUGAGAAAUCAAUAGCAGAGGACUUGCACAAAUCAUAUUCAGCUAAUCAUUGGAAAGUUAUAAGGGAACUCUUUCAAAUACUAGGCUUUACCGGCAUAGAUGAUAAGCGUAUUCUUUCCAGUAAUAUAAUAUCAGAAACAUUCACACAAUCCUGCGAGAGGUUUAUAAAAGUCCUGGAUCAAUCCCUAUUACUCUUCGGAUUUAAGUCUCGUGCUAAGGUAACAUCGGAUCUUAAUUCAGCUAUAAGGGCAAUUAAUGCAAUUGCUGGAAAUUGGUGUGGCUAUACUGUAAAGAUAAAUAGGAAAAAAAUAGGGCCUAAAGAAAAACAGGUUUGGGAACGUUCAUAUCAAAUUAAUCGGCAACCAUAUGAUGGUCUUGGUUUUGGAGAUAAAG